AUGAAAACCACUUCAAGGACCGCCUCAGCUUCUACACAUUCUCGCGAACCUUCUCCAAUAGAGAACAGCGACUCUGAAAGGAGUGAACACGCAACAAUGGCCGUCGAAGAGGCGAAGACGUCCGUGCUCGCCGUUGGCCUGUCCAAUCCGAAGCUCUCUCAAGGAAGGAGGCAGAUGCUCGAUUUGGUGAACAAGCUGCAUAGCACAGGUGUCCAGGUCGACAUAGACCUUCCGCAGAUUGCAGUCAUCGGUUCACAAAGUGCUGGAAAGUCGUCGUUAAUCGAGAGCAUCUCAGGUAUCACGCUCCCGCGGGCAGCUGGGACGUGUACUCGAUGCCCUAUUGAGUGCCGCCUCUCCCAUUCCAACACUCUGUGGCAAUGCACAGUCUCUCUUCGCUUUACCACAGGGCAUGAUGGACAGACAUUGGGACAGGCUAGAAACCAGGUCUUCGGAGACGUCAUUUACGACAAAAGCCAGGUUGAAGACAGGAUCCGCAGGGCUCAGAAAGCCAUCUUGAACCCGAAGAUUUCUGCGAAUGCCUUCUUGAAUGGAGAUGAAGAAAUGGAACGGACAAGCGGCCGACAGUUGACCUUUUCAACGAACUGUGUCAGUUUGCAGAUUAGUGGACCCGAUGUGGCGGAUUUGUCGUUCUGCGAUUUGCCAGGCUUGAUUGCUAGUGUCAGUAGCUCUGGAGGAAAGAACGAUAUCAUGCUGGUGGAGAAUCUGGUCACUUCUUACAUCAGGAAGCCCAGCUGCAUCAUAUUGUUGACGGUGGCAUGCGAAACCGAUUUCGAAAAUCAAGGAGCGCACAGGUUAGCAGAACAAUACGACCCCGAAGGUAAACGCACAAUCGGGGUCCUAACCAAGCCCGACCGCAUCCCCAUCGGCGAGGAAUCCAACUGGCUGCCAUUUAUCCGGAACGAGAAGGAAACUCUAGAAAACAACUGGUUUUGUGUCAAGCAGCCCAGCUCAAACGACCUCAAAGCGUUGAUGACAUGGGCUCAGGCAAGGCAGAAGGAAGACGACUUUUUUGCCUCGACGUCGCCGUGGUGUGAAUUAGACGGCGUGUACCAGAAAUAUCUGCGAACGAGCAACCUCGUUGAAAGGCUCAGUCUCGUCCUUUCGGACCUGAUUUCCAAGAGGUUGCCUGGUAUCUACAGCGAACUAGAAAGUCAAGUACAGACCGCCCGAAAUGCACUCCAAAGUCUCCCUCGCGAGCCACCCAGCGAUCCUCAGACAGAAGUUUCCAAUCUGUUACACGCUUUCGUUGUGGACCUUGCCCGACAUGUCGAAGGUGUUCCUAACCAGGAAGGUCUUCUCCAAUGUGUUCGUCCAGCGCAGGAGAAAUUCAAGAGGGCCAUUCGAGAGACAGCGCCGAACUUUCGUCCUUUUGAGAGCGGAUAUGAGGGUGUGAUGCAUAUUAGGAGGGCGACGUUCUUGGAGAAUGAGGAGGCGGCGUUGGAUGGAGAGGUCAGUGAUGUAGGCGAAGAUGAGGACGAGGAUGAGGAUCUAGACAUGCCAGAGUCCGGACAGCCUGCGCGACAGGCCGAAGUUGACGAUAGCUCAAGUUCUGACUCUGACUCUGACGAAGAUGAUGAGGAUGAAACCGAGGAUACGUUCAAGGCGCAGAAGGAGAAAGAGAAAGAACAACGCACGAGGGAAGAGGCUCAAAGGAGAAAGAAAGCUGCACAGAAGGCGGCAGCACCUCCGCAAUCGGCCCAGCCUCCUAGAGGAACAAAGCGGAAGGAAGCACCACGCACGAACUACAGGAUAUACAUCGACGAGGUGCUGCAGCAGGCACAUUUGGCUCGAACACGCGAACUGCCUGGGCAUUACCCCUUCGUUGUGCAGAAGACUUUCAUUGAAGGCAUAAUACAACGCUGGCAAGAGCCUGCGCUCGCGCUUUCCGCCACUAUCCAUAAGACUGUGUCCGAGCAUGUCAACGAGCUGAUUUCGAAACACUUUGGUCACUUCGGCCAAGGGCAGUUGGAGCAGCGGAUCAGAACCAUCAUGCACGAACACAUCCAGACCUGCGCCAGCAAUGCGCAGUCACGGAUUGAGUGGCUGCUCGACAUCGAGAGCGAGCCGUUCUCAUUGAACACGCAUUAUCUGCAAGAUUACAAGGAGAAGUUCCUCGCAUUCUACAAGGGUGAACGUCGGCGAUACGAACGUAGCAAAACCACUGCUGCCACCCCAGCCGCCCGCAAUGCUGCAUUGAAAGUACAGCGUCCAGGGAGAGGCAAGGACAAGGAAGCCUCUGUAGUGCCGAUGAGCCAGCCCGCGAUGUCGGUUGAGACGGUCCUCGCUGGCCUGGCGCAACUGGGAUAUACGGGUCUCAAGGAGGGAGACCUUCAGCGGCUCAUUCCUGGAGAUAGGAUGGAACCUGCCCUGGAGAUCAUGGCGGAUGUCAGGGCGUAUUUCCAGGUUGCAUACAAACGCUUCGCGGAUAACGUCCCUCUUGCGAUCGACCGUGAACUCAUACGUGGGGUGGAGAGGAAUGUACUCGGGACGCUUUACGAGCACCUGCAGAUCAACAAGUCGAAGGGUCGUCGGCUGUGUAGGGAGAUGUCGCAGGAGAGUCAGCAAACGGCAGAUAAACGAGCAGACCUGAAGAGGAAGCUUGAGAGGCUUGAGAUAGCGUAUCAGGAAUUGAGGGCAAUUGGGUUUUGA